CCCACUUUCUCCUGCAACAUGGGAAGAAAUACUUUUAUUUUUAAAUAAUAAACUCAAAUGAAGAAAAGACCAAAUAACAUCACCCUCAAUACAGAAAAAUAGCUUUCAUGUUCUAUUUCUUCCUCCCCUUAUUUCCUCCAUAGCCUCCAUUAUCCCACCAGGAUGUCCUCCAAGGUCUCCUGCUGGCUGCUGCUGCGUUUGGCCAUCCUCCUCGCAGCCUUUCUGGUACAGUCCGGCGAAGGGGCCACCUACCGGGAUUUCGCUAGGCAGCACAUCGAUCAUCCGAAAACCAAUGCCCCCAAUCCCAACGCCUACUGCAACCGCAUGAUGCAGCGGAGGGGCAUGACAAGAGGAAGAUGCAAAGCCUUCAACACAUUCAUCAACGCCCCGCCACGCAACAUUCAGCAUAUCUGCCGUGGUGGAGGGAACCAGGUGAAUCCCCGUCGGAACCUUUACGACAGCAGAAGGUCUUUCCCUCUCGUUAACUGCCGCAACAUAGGUCGUUAUCCUAAUUGCCAGUAUGUUGGCAGGCAAGCGAACCGGCGAGUUCGUGUGGCCUGCGUCCGCCGCCUGCCUGUUCACCUUGAAAGAGUCCUGUAGGGCAAAUUCACAAUCUACACACAGGAAGCCAGAAGCCGAAUGAAAUAUUGAAAUGGUGGCCAUCUUGUUCUGCUUUGCUUAAUGCUUUCUCAGCAAUGGGUCUCUUGGGCAUAUUCACAGUACAUACCAAAAUUCAUUUAGCAGGUGUCCGUUGUCCUCAGGGAAUCCAGAGAGACCUUCUACAGAGAAGAGCUUAAAGAUCUCUUUUGCAGGACGCUCA